ACGUCACGAGAUGCGUCAUCACCUCACGGAAGUGCAGUCAUGGCCACUCUAGAUGAGUAGGACGAUAAUGUUUGUGUAGCGAAGGAAUCAAAUAACUAGACACCGACGUUCAUAAUUAACUUAACAACAUCACUGAUUUGAUUUUUUAAAACCUUUGCCUACAGCAUAUUAUCUCUGUAAGGCCUGGAAAGAGCUCGCUGAGCUACACCGGGGACGCAGGACAAAAUGUCCCUCUUCCAGUCGGCACUUGAUUUCCUGGCAGGGCCCGGUGGCACUGGAGGCGCAAGUCGAGACCAAAAUGAUUUUGUUGGGCAAAUUGUGGAGCUUGGUGACAUGAAACUGAGAAUCAAAAGGGUUAUAGCUGAAGGUGGUUUUGCAUUUGUGUAUGAAGCUCAGGACAUAGGCAGCAGUAAAGACUAUGCUCUCAAGAGGCUCCUGUCCCACGAGGAGGAGAAGAACAAAGAAAUCAUCCAGGAGGUCUGCAUCAUGAAAAAGCUCUCUGGUCACCCCAACGUGGUGCAGUUCAGCUCUGCAGCGUCCAUUGCCAAGGAGGAGUCGGACACGGGCCAGGCUGAGUUCCUCAUUCUCACAGAGCUCUGUAAAGGUCAACUGGUGGACUUCAUCAAGCGGGUGGAGCAGAAGGGACCCAUGUCAUGUGACACAGUGCUGAAGAUCUUCUACCAGUCGUGUCGCGCCGUGCAGCACAUGCACAAACAGAAGCCUCCUAUCAUCCACCGGGAUCUUAAGAUUGAGAACUUGCUGAUCAGUCACCAAGGCACCAUCAAGCUGUGUGACUUUGGCAGUUCCACCACAAUAGCCCACUACCCUGACUACGGCUGGUCGGCCCAGAAGAGGUCCAUGGUUGAGGAUGAGAUCACCAGAAACACUACUCCGGCCUACAGGACACCUGAGAUGAUUGACCUGUACUCCAACUUCCCCAUUAACGAGAAGCAGGACAUCUGGGCAUUGGGUUGUAUCCUCUACUUGUUGUGUUUUAAGCAGCACCCCUUCGAGGAAGGCGCUAAGCUGCAGAUAGUCAACGGGAAGUACGCCAUCCCCCAGAAUGACGUCAAGUACACUGUUUACCACGAGCUCAUCAGGUCCAUGCUGAAGAUCAACCCAGAGGAGAGGCUGUCCAUCACAGAGCUGGUCAACCAACUACAGGAGAUCGCUGCGGCGCGCAAUGUCAACCCCAAGUCUCCCAUCACAGAGCUGCUGGAGCAGAACGGAGGCUUUGGCAACAACGGCGCACAGCCCCCAGCCCAGAACCACAACAUCCACAACGCAGGGGUGUACGGUGCAGACCCGGACCAGGGCGGGGGCUUUCUCGACAUCCUGAAGGGAGGAACCGAACGCUUUCUGACCAACAUCAAAGACACCUCCUCUAAAGUCAUCCAGUCUGUGGCCAGUUAUACAAAGGGAGACCUGGAUAUCUCUUACAUCACCUCUAGAAUAGCAGUCAUGUCCUUCCCGGCGGAGGGAGUGGAGUCUGCCAUUAAGAACAACAUGGAGGAUGUGCGUCUCUUCCUGGAUGGCCGUCAUGCAGGACACUACGCCGUCUACAACUUGACCAAGCGCUCUUACAGACCCACCCGCUUCCACAACAGAGUGUCGGAGUGUGGCUGGCAGGCUCGGCGGGCACCCAACCUGAGGAGCCUCUACAGCCUCUGUAAGAACAUGCACCUGUGGCUGAAACAGGACCAGAGGAACAUCGCCGUAGUCCACUGCCUGGACGGGCGGGCGGCCUCGGCCGUGGCGGUGUGCUCCUUCCUGUGUUUCUGCCGCCUCUUCACCACGGCUGAGGCGGCCGUAUACAUGUUCAGUAUGAAGCGCUGUCCCCCGGGGAUCUCCCCUUCCCACAAGAGGUACAUGGAGUACAUGUGUGACAUGAUGGCUGACGAGCCCAUCACCCCGCACAGCAGACCCAUCCUCAUCCGCUCCAUCACCAUGACGCCUGUGCCUCUCUUCAACAAGCAGAAGAGUGGCUGCCGGCCCUUCUGCGAGGUUUACGUGGGAGACGAGCGCGUGGCCACCACUUCCGGGGAGUACGACAAGAUGAAGGACUUUAAGCUGGAGGACGGACGGGCUGAGAUCCCCUUGAACGUGACGGUGCAGGGGGAUGUGCUGGUGGUCAUCUUCCAUGCCCGCUCAACCCUGGGGGGCCGCCUUCAGGCCAAGAUGGCUUCCAUGAAGAUGUUCCAGAUUCAGUUUCACACAGGGUUUGUGCCCCAGAACGCCACCACGGUCAAGUUUGCAAAGUAUGACCUGGACGCCACUGACAUCCAGGAGAAGUACCCGGACCUCUUCCAGGUCCACCUGGAUAUGGAGGUGGAUCCCUGCGACAGGCCGAGCAACAAGACUCCACCCUGGGACAACUUUGCCACAAAGGGCCUCAACCCAAAGAUCCUUUUCUCCAGCCGGGACGAGCAGCAGGAGAUCCUCACCAAGUUUGGCAAACCAGAGCUUCCCCGACAACCGGGCUCUUUCUCCGGUUCUUUCUACGACACCGCGUCGCCUCCGUUGGAACAGACUCCUGAUAGCUCCACCAUGGAGGCAGAAUCUCACCAGAGCACCGAUACCAACGCCAACAACUUCUUCCAGACUCUGGAUUGGGAUGAUGGGAGUGGACAUGGAGCGGACGCUGGAGCGGACGCUUCGGACAGCCUGGGAGGCACCAUUGACGACCAGGACGAGCUCAGUGACGCCUCCGUGGACGAGGAGUCCAACUCCGGCCUGGCCGGCGAACCCCUCUCCAGGGAGCCUAGCGAGUCCCUGUUCAACGCUGAGUUCCAGGCUGCCGCCACACCCCAGGAGUCCCCAGGGCCCAGCGACACGGCUGACCUGUUGGGUCUCACCUCCGACCUCAGCUCCACCGCCCCACCACAACCCUCCACGGCAGCAGGCGGCAUGAAGGCCUCGUCUAGUAACAGUGACCUUCUCAACGACCUGUUUGCCCCCACGCCCAGCAGCAACGCUCAGCAGGGCAGCUCCAACAACCUGAUUGGGGACGGAGGUGCCCAAGAGGACCUCUUCUUCAGUAACCCCGCUGCACCGCCAGACUCGGCCACACCCAAACCAAUAAAUGACCUGUUUGACCUGUUCGGGAUGGGAUCUUCAUCCAAUCAGACCGGACCCGACCUGUUUGGGGACCUGCUGAGCUCCGACACCAACACUAACCCCCCGCCCACCUCCAACUCCAGCCUUUUCAACCUCAACAAGCUGACCAACAAUCCCCCUAAGAUGACUUCGUCUGCCAGCCAACCAGACCUGCUUGGAGGGUGGGACAGCUGGGCAUCGAGUGGGAGCAUGGCCGCCGCCUCCUCCCAUAAGCCAGCCUUCCCAGCUCCCGGAGUGUCUUCCUUCUCCAAAGCAAAGUCUCAGAGCUUUGACCCGUUUGCAGACUUGGGAAAACUGGGUCCUACGCUGCCAGGUUCCUCCAGUGGCAGUUUCUCAGGCCCAGGCUUCAACCCAAAGAGUGGGGCAUCCACCAAGACUCCUGGGCAGUCGUGGCAGCAGUCUGGCCGGCCCUCCGCUGGCCAAAGCAAGCCCUGGAUGGCCCCCAGUGCUGCUGCCCCCAAAGCCCAGCCACCCAAGCCUGUGCCCCAGCCAGCCAAACCCAACUACAACCUUAACUUCAGUGUGAUCGGGGGCCGAGAGGAGAGAGGCGUCAGGGGCCCAGGAUUUGGUCCAAAACCCAAAGUCAAAGAGGACGACUUUGAAGACCUGCUCUCCACUCAGGGUUUUGCCUCCAAGCUAUCAGACAAGAGUGGACCCAGGACCAUCGCAGAGAUGAGGAAACAGGAGCUCUCAAGGAACAUGGACCCCCUCAAACUGCAGAUCCUGGAUUGGAUUGAGGGGAAGGAGAGGAACAUCCGGGCCCUCCUCUCCACGCUUCAUACAGUCCUGUGGGAGGGCGAGACGCGCUGGAAGCCCGUAAACAUUGCAGACCUAGUCACUCCAGACCAGGUUAAGAGGUACUACAGGAAAGCUGCGCUGGUGGUGCACCCUGAUAAGGCCGCCGGAAAGCCCUACGAAGAUUACGCUACACUGAUCUUCAUGGAGCUCAACGACGCCUGGUCCGAGUUUGAGAACCAAGGCAGCAAAGCCCUCUUCUAAGACUUACUGGAUGGGGCCCAUAUUGGGUCCUUCAGGGUUGCGGCCCCUCCCACACACACACCUUAGAGAGGUCUGCCAACUCUCCUGCAGUUGAGAAAAAGGCACCUUACUUUAUUUCUCAUCUGCAGUUCAACAUCAUCGCCCAUUUAAAAAAAACACUGCCACCACAUGCAAAGGGUGGCAUGGGUGGAAGACUAGUGGUUCAAAAGCGUGGAGGAUGGGAGGGAUGGAUAUGACGACAGAGACAAUCACUGAGAAGACCAGAUGGUCACCAACCAGGCUCCAUCCAUUCGGAAAUGUGGGGACUGUAUGGCCACUGGGACCCCGUAGACUUUGUUGCUGUGAACACGGCUCUAUUCCUUCACACUCCUUGGACAGACCUUUCUGCAGCGUUCUUUCUUUCCGAGAGACCAAGAGUUCAUGCUGUUGUUGCUUCUUGACAGAACCAUUCUCCCACUAACAGACUCCUCCUUCCACCACAAGCCCUCUACCGUAAGCGCCUUGCUCUGCGGAUGGCAAAAAAAAUUACGCUUGCUCAUAACUGCCCCCCCCCCCCGGCAACAUAGGAGACAAAUAGAGAAUAUAGAGAUUUCAUCUGGUUGCUUUUUGCCAUGUGGAAUUGUGCAAUAUGUUUGGUCUUUUUUGUUUUCUCUGUCAAUGAUAGUCCUCACUUAAGUGUAAAUAUUUUCUCAAUGAUGUGGUUCUUUCGGUAGUAGAUAGUGAGAUGCUGAAACACACAGAGGUGUGUGUUGUUUAAGGAUGGUAGCUCACCAUCUCGCUCUCUCUACCAGUGGAUCAUCAUGCCUUUCUUUUCCAAUGGUCUUGUGUUUAUUCCACUUAUGACACAAAUGGUUUACAGGGAGUUUUCAUUGCAACCCUCCAUGUUGUGUUCCAUAGCUGUUGUUUUUCUCUUUACUUUAAAAUGACCUGAAGCUUUUUGUGUUUUUUUUUUUAUUUUUUUUUUUACAUUUUACCUCAUGGACCAAUUUAAAACACCUAUUUUCUUAUCGUUGUGGGGUAUCAUAAGUAUCCAUGACAUUUAAUUGCAGAACUUAAUAAAUAAAAAAAUAAUAUAUGAAUUGAAUGUCUUGAAUGUGAUGGAGGGAAUGGGCAUUUAUAGGUGGUCUCAUGACAGUUGUUUUGCCGAGCUGAAAUCAUUCCGAAGCGUCUUAACAUGAAUGUGUUUUUAUAUGGUCUUUGUUGGGUAUAUGUAGCUUCUGUUUUAGUCUUGCUUCCUUCUGUGUAACUUUGUUUCCCCCCCCCCCUCCCUAUUUCUACAUUUGAGUUAUUUAGCUCUUAUCCAGAGCAAUUUACAUGAGCACUUAGGGUUAGGGUUGCCUAACUUAGGGUUAGGGUUGCCUAACUUAGGGUUAGGGUUGCUCUAGGGCACAUCGACAGUCUCUGGGAUUCAAACCAGCAACUUUCCAGUUACUGGCCCGACCAGUUUUUUUUCUCUCACUUAUUCGUCUGUGGGAUUCAAACCAGCAACUUUCCAGUUACUGGCCCAACUCUCUUAACUGCUAGGCUACCUGCCACCCAUCCCAUGACUGGGAUCGCUGACUCUGUUCAUUCCCCACCUAUUGAAACCUUAUUUUUGUGUGAUUCCAGUAACACUAUGGCUGUGUUUACACAGUCAAUCCAAUUCAGAUAUUUUGUCCAAGUAUUUGCAAAAGAGCCGAUCGGAUUGGUCAAAAGACCAAUUAGUGGAUAAAGAUCAGAAUUGGGCUGCCUGUGUAAAUGCAGCCGAUAAGGGGAUACUUGAUUGUAAGUCUGCCAUUUUGAAUAGACAUCAUUUUGACAGUAUCAUGUUAGUACACUAUAAGGAGAAAGAAAGCCUACUCAACCAAAUUAAAAUAUGAAUGUAGAUUUCAGUACAGAAAUAAAAAGGUUUUGAUCAGAGGCAUGAAAAGACUGAAGUGGAUGGUAUUGAUUGUCUCGAUAUGAGGAGAUGGAUGAGAAAGGGUUCAUGUUAUGUGAAGAGCUGGCCAGUGAUAUUAACUGAGUUUUCAAAGAUCAAGGUAUUUCACAAAGUGACAAUAUUAUGAUGGGGUUUGAAAACAUUGCAGUGAAAGAAAUGUGGUUUUGAUUACCAUGGAGUAUUCUUGAGACAAGUUGUGAAAAUAAUUGUUACAAAAUGAAUGGCCAUUUUACUAAUGGUUGUAAAGCCUUUAAAUGGUUUUGCUUAUCAUGUUUGUCCUUUUAAUGCAGACUAAGAGGGAUAUUGAUUAUACAUUCAGAUAGUGCUGUGAGCCUUUUAUAGAAAAAUACAUCUCAUCAUCCCCAUUUAUUGCAAACCAUUGAGCUAAUCUACUAUUAUUAAAGUCACAUGUUGGCAUUACAGAAUGAUUGACAUUGAAUAUACCGUAUAAUAUUCAAGUAAACAGUGCAUCGAUUUUGAGAGAAUGUUGACUCAGUGAACAUUUUUACCCAUGAGGAAGACUAGUAAAGAAAAUCUCCCUUUUUUUCUGAUUACAAGCAUCAGCUGCUGAAUGCAACUGACCAGUGUGAUAGAUGAACCAUCAAACCUUCCCAAUUUGUUAACAUAUCCAGGUAGUAAACACAACCCACACGUUAGGCCGUACAUUUAAUUCCACAUGGACUCUGGACCACCACCAUUCUAAAACUGAGGUUCCUUCCUGCUGACAAACCGUUUAUUUCUUCCCUUCUGUUUCUGGAAUGACAUUUAUGACCAUUAAAACACAAUCAUGAAAAAGUA